AUGGCAACACCCGUCAACAGCGUCCUUGUUCUUGGUGCUGGUGAGCUGGGCAUGGCUCUAUUGGAAGCUCUUGCUCUCCACCCGCGCCGGCAGACGACUAAGCUGGCUGUGCUUCUGAGACAGUCGACGGUGGAAUCUAGCGACGAAGAAAAACGCAGCAAAAUCGAACAAUUGCAGUCAUGGAAUGUGGCGGUUGAGCCGGCUGAUGUCCUGGCUGCUUCCGUGGAAGAUCUUGCUGCCAUAUUUGGCAAAUAUCACACCGUUGUGAGCUGCACGGGAAUGGAGCUUCCAUCGGGCACGCAGACCAAGCUUGCCAAGGCUAUUUCCCAGAGUCAGGCUUCCAGGUAUUUCCCUUGGCAGUUUGGGAUGGAUUAUGAGGUGAUUGGCCAGGGCAGCUCACAGGACUUGUUUGAUGAGCAGCUCGAAGUGCGGAGACUGCUGCGGGAACAAAAGACUGUGGAUUGGGUCAUUGUGUCUACAGGGCUGUUCAUGAGCUUUCUAUUUGUGGAGGCCUUUGGUGUUGUCGAAUUGGAUAAGAAGAUUGUGCGGGCACUCGGCAGCUGGGACAAUCGUAUUACAGUCACUACGCCAAAGGACAUUGGCCGCGUCACUGCCGAUGUUAUUCUCGACCCGCGCCAGAUUAAGAAUGAGGUUGUCUAUACGGCUGGCGAUACAAUAGAAUAUGGCCAGCUUGCCGAUGUGCUGGACCACGUUUAUGGGUCCAAGUUUACGCGCGAGCUCUGGGACUUGGAUAUCCUCAAGAGGCAAAUGGCUGAGGACCCCAAUGUUAUGGUAAAGUAUAGGGACACGUUUGCGCAAGGAGUUGGUGUUGCUUGGGACAUGGCAAGGACGGUCAAUGCGGAGAGAGGCAUUAAAAUGACGGAUCUUCGAGAUUAUUUGGAAGCUCUAAAGAAGUAA